AUGCUAGUAUUCCUCUAUGAGGUUCGACUUGUCUACACCAGUCAGGGGAUAGAGAUCAAACUGGGAGGUCUGCUUAUCCGCCCAACCAUCACAAUCCAGCUGUUGAGUGACGAGCAAUCAAGCGUGAGGAUGGCAGGGAUUAAGAAAGCAAGAAAGUCAUCUGCCCGAGUGAAGGUUUCCUCUACAAUGCCAGUGGCUGAUGCCAAGGUGGACAAGUCUAGCCCUGCAGAGGAUGCGGGCAUGUCUGAUCUGCUGGAGAUGAACUUCUUGUCAAGCUCGUCUGCUUAUGUCAAACUGGUUGAUCAUAUCAAUCAGACUAUCUGGAACUCAUUUGUUGUUGCCCCAUCUUCUGCUCAGCUCAGUGAGUUGGAGAAGAAGAAUGCUGAUUUGACUAGCAAGCUCUCAGCCAAGCAAAUCCGUUAUAAAAAGAAGAUGUCUGAAUUGAGGGCGAUGAUAUAUGAGCUGAAGAGUUCCCUUGCUGAGAAAGAUUCUGAACUGAGCUCUUUUGCUGCUAACUUCAUUAGUCGAAAAAUGCCUACUUCCAUCUUGAGCGCAAGAAUACUAACAUCUUCCUCAGUUAUGACAAGCUUCUAG